AUGGGUAAGAAGAAGAAUACCAACAACAAAAAGAAGAACAACAACAACAACAAGAACCGACUACCGAUAAACGACAAUCCAAUUUCCAACGAGCAAGCUCCCCUGGUUGAACCCGCCCCGGAGACGGUGGCCGAAGUGAUUGAGAAUGGAGCAACCACCGAUCCAACCUUCGACCGUCAAACCAUGCAAUUUCAUUAUUAUUCUGUUGCUGCUACCUCGUCCGAUGAUGGUCUGACCCCGGCUAAGGACCAGGAGAACAACAAACCCAUCGAAGGCCAACCUGCCGACAGUGCCCCCCAGGAAGAAGGAUCUGAUAGCACCUCUACUGAUGGUUCAUCGUCGCCCGAUUCUGGAGAAACGUCUGGGACAAGCACACCACCUUCUGAGCCUGCUGAACUCGCUGCUGAUGCUGUCGACAACACCGAUGCGGCACCCAAAGAGGAUAGCGAGACGCCUUCCCCCGCGCCAGAUGCACCCGCAACGGACGCGGACGAUAGCACACCAGGAGGUGAAGACGCCACACCAGCCGAGGACGCACCCAAAGACGUAGAGCCAGAGCCCGCAGCUCCCGACGCAGCCGACAGUUCACCAGCACCCGCGGAGGAGACUACUGAACCUACCCCCAGCACUGAGGAAGACUUUCCGGCCUGCGACCCCUCUGCCGAAGAAGACCAAGUCGAAGCCGAAAAGCAGGCGGUUGAAGCUACCACGGCGGAAGAGGAGACACCAGCAGUCGGUACAGAACACCUCAUUGAUAUGAACAUUGACAUUGUUGACUUCGACGCGACAACUGACCCCUGUAUAGACGGCCCAUCGACAGAAGAGGUCCCAUCCGAUACGAAUGCUGAUAGUCCCAGUGGCGACAAUGCAGGUGUGAACGACACCAGUGAUGCAACUAAUGACACCGCAGCUACAGAAGCCGAACCGGAGGAGGAACCGAAGGAGGCCGAGGCUCAGCCUGAAGCUCCUGCUGACGUAGUAGAGGCACCAGCUGCCCCUGCUGCAGCAGCAGGAGACGGGGAAGCGCCUGCGGCUGACAGUGCCGAGCCUUCAACCACGGAGGCCGAUACAGUGGAGGCUGCGGAGGAAGCAAAGGCCGAGCCCGUCAAGGAAGAAGCGCCAGAGGCUGCAGAGCAGGCAGGGGAGGAAACGCCAACAGAGACAACAGAGGAUGUCACAGCAGACGCAGCUGCCGCCGAGCCUGAGGGAGAAGCUACAAAGGCAGAGGAAUCUGCACCAGCUGAAGCGGCCGAAGAAGCAGGCCCUACUCCAGAACCAACUGAGUCGCCUGCAGCAAUCGAAGAACCCGCGGCAGAGGCAGAGGCAGACCCGAGGACCCCAGCUCCCACCGAUGCGCCCGAAAAAGCUGUUGAGGAAAAGGGCGCAGGCGAAGAAAAUGCCGAGCCACCUGCCACAGAGACCGCGGCUGAUGAGCCUGCUGCUGAUGCAACAAACGAUGCUCAGGAUGAAGCACCAGCUACCCCCGAAGAAACCCCCGAAGUGACGGAACCGGCAGUCGACGAGACAUCAAGCCAAGAAACGGCAGUCGAAGAAUCAACGGACGAAAAGCCGGCCGAGGAAGCACCCGCGGAGGCAGAGGCGGCGGCUGAAGCUGCGCCCCCGGAAGUUCCUGCAGAGGAAGCUGCGUCGAAAGAGGAGCCUGCUGUCGAGGAGCCUACAACAGCCGAUGGUGUGGCUGCCGAAGAAACAGCGCCCGCCGAAGGUAAGGCUAUUGUGGAAGAAUCUGCUCUAGCUGAAGAGCCCGCUGCUGAGUCUCCUGCUGCUGAAGAAGCUCCUGCUCCUGAAGAGGCUCCUGCUCCUGAAGAGGCUCCUGCUCCUGAAGAGGCUCCUGCUCCUGAAGAGGCUCCUGCUCCUGAAGAAGCUCCCACCGUCGAGGAACCGGCUGUUGCUGAAGAAACUCUUGUCAAAGAAGCUGUCGCUAAGGAGGUUGCCACCGAAGAACCAGCCGCCGAGGAAGCCCCUGCUGCUGAUGAAACGGCCGCUGAAGAAGCUCCCGCCAUGGAGGAAGCCCCUGCUGCUGAGGAAGCUCCUGCUGCUGAGGAAGCCCCUGCUGCUGAGGAAGCUCCUGCUGCUGAGGAAGCUCCUGCUGAGGAGGAGGCCCCUGCUGCUGAGGAACCAGCUGCUGAAGAAGCUCCCGCCACUGAAGAAGCCCCUGCUGCUGAGGAACCGCCUGCUGCUGAGGAUGUCGCCAAGGAGAUUGUCGCUGAAGAGCCUACUGCUGCUGAAGCUCCCGUUGUUGAGGAAGCUCCUGCCGCUGAAGAAGCCCCCGCCGCUGAAGAAGCCCCUGCUGCUGAGGAGCUCGCACCGGAAGAAUCUACACCUGCGGAUGAACCAAUCGUCGCUGAAGAAGUCGUCGCCGAAGAGGUCGAGGCUGAAGAGGUCGAGGCUGAAGAGGUCGAGGCUGAAGAGGUCGAGGCUGAAGAGGUCGAGGCUGAAGAGGUCGAGGCUGAAGAGGUCGUCGUUGAGGAAGUUGUCGAAGAGGCCGUUAUCGAGGAAGCUACUGAAGAGCCUGCAGCAGAACCUAUUACUGCGGAACCUGCAGCUAGCGAAGAGCCUGCUCUAGAGAGAUCUAUUCCCGCUGACGAGCCCGCCGCUCCCGAGGAACCUGCUCUCGAAGACGUUACUCCCGCUGAAGAGCAUGUUGAAGAGCCUGCCGCUGUAGAGGAGCCUGUUAUUGUCGAAGUCAGUCCAGCAGAAAAUGCACCUGAAGAGCCAGCGCCUGCAGAAGAUCCUGCUCCAGAGGAACCUGCUCCUGCCUCUGAGCCAGCGGCUGAAGAAGUUGCGCCUGUCGAAGAGCCUGCACCAGAAGAGGCUGCUGCGCCCGCGGAAGAGCAUGCACCUGCGCCCGCUGAAGAAUCUGCCCAUAUCGAAGAACGUGCUCCUGCGGAACCUGAUCUGCUCGAACGUUCUCCCUCUGAGCCUGAGCUUCUUGAGCGUUCUCCAGCCGAAGUACCUACUGGUGUCGAGGAGCCUGCUGCAUACGAGCCUACUCCAGAAGAACCAAGUAUCGACAGAGGGGUUCCCGAAGAGGCCCUGGCUACGGAUGUCUCGGAGGAUGUUGACUCUGCCGAGCAUGAUGACGAUGCCUUGGCUGCAGCCGGUGCGGCAGCGGCAGGGGCAGGGUUGGCAGCAACAGCCGCCCACAGUUCGCGAAGAAAGAAGAAGAGGUCUCCUGAUCUGGAGCGGGAUCGAGACCGUUCCAAGAGCUCUUCCGAAGGACAUCGAUCAAUGCAGCGGCAGAACAGUCAACGCGGUAGCGGUCUUACUGGCCGAUGGGCGGAAUCCAUGAAGGAGGCCCGGCGACAGCAUGAAGAGAAGGCCAAACAAAAGGCAACCUUGGCCGAGAAGGCCGAGAAGGCCGAAAAAGAGCGCCGUGCCCACGAACGCGAGCGUGCAAGACGCGCUGAACGAGAACGGGCUGAACGGCCAGAGAGAUCUGAGCGCGUUGAACGGCAUGAACGGCAUGAGCGAACUGUACGUACCGAGCGACCUGAACGGGCGGAACGGGCCGAGAGGGAGAGGGUUGAGCGAGUUGAACGAGCUGAAAGGGCUGAGAGAGCGGAACGAGCACAGCGACUGGAAGAAGCGGAACGCGAACGGGCUCUGAGGGCUGAGAGAGUCGAGCGUCACGAGCGGUCUGAGCGAUCAGAAAGAAUGGAGCGUCGUCUGAGCGAGCAAGACAGCAGCUCAAGCCGACCGCGACACCGCAGCUCAAACCACUCGGGGAGCUACGAGGGUGAUCGCAAGAGCAGCUCCUCCUCGUCUCGCGUCAUCCCAGAAUCCACGACCACGAAGCCUCGCUUCUUCCUCAAGUACAUGGCCGAUGGCUCUGACAACCGACCGCCCCUGAUGGUCAACGCUGCCAAAGCGACCGCCAAUGUCUACGACCGCUCGCGACGCCCCUCGACCACCCAUUCCCACAGCCAUCGUUCCUCGCAGGAAGGCAAGAGCACGAGUGAGCGCUCCACCGAGUCCUCCCGCCGCGACGACGAAGGGGACCGUGCUCGCCGCCGGGCUCGCAAGUUGGCCGAACAGGCCGAGGCGGCGGCGGCGGCACCGCCAGCGAAGGAAGAACCCGAGCGGCGUCAUCAUCGCGGCGAGCAGCGCGAUAGCACCGAGUCAUCUCGCCAUCGCCAUCACAGACAUCGCCGGGAUCCCACGCCACCCCCGAGCGGCGCUUCGAAGAUGAAAGGCUUCUUCAAAGCCGCCAUUGCUGCACACUGA